UCAAAGUUGUCUAAAUAAGAUAUUUAAGUGGACUAUUUAAAAUUCCGAAUCAUAAACAAUGAACUUUUUUAUAGUUUUCAUGAACUUUUUAUAUUAUUCUGUUGUUUUAUUUUCUGUAAAUUUCGUGAUUGGUCAGAAUGACACGGACACUGACCAUGGAACACCACACACUAGAGUACCAAACAGACUUGAAAAUAUGAGGAGAAGGUCAAGAAAUCAGAGAAUACACAACAUCAGAAAUCAUGUAUUGACUACCCUUGGCUUCUCAUCACCUCCUCAGAUAGACGAAAACAUGAAAGAAGAGAUUCUGAGAAAUCUAAGUAUAUCAGGUGUUCCUUAUAGAGCUGUAUCACAGCAGUGCUAUGCUGGAUCAUGUACAUUACCUAGUUGGAUUGAUGAAGAAUUAUGGAAUGACCCAGACACUAAGACUUUACGACUUUUCUUUGAUAUUUUGCCACUAGAAGACAGUGGAACAAGUAUACUAAACGCUACCUUAAGGCUUCACAUCAAGGAGAGAACAGCCUGCCGUUGUUUUACGGAAGACGAUGAAUCAGGAGAAGAUGACAGCGUUCGAUUCACUGUCUUUGUUAGUCAGUUUCUCAAACCAUUAAGACGCAGAAAUAGGGUACCGCGAAUGAGAAUUCUUGAUGUGAAAAUGGUCGUGGUCAAAAGGGAUUCGUGGAUUAACUUCAAUGUCGCCGAAGCUGUACAAGAAUGGAUGCAGCGGCGGAGACGACGCCAUGGAUUAGAAGUCAACGUUAUUGACUCUCAAGGAUUUCCGAUCGAUGCCAAAGCUGUAUUUGGGAAUACAGACUGCUUGCUGCCAGUUGAUGUAGAAUGUCAAGAUACCAGUUUACCAGUAGCUGUACAAAAAAGCCUGAAUUUUAGCACAUCCCCAGUGUUGGAAGUUUUUACUGAAACCAGACCUAAUAUACCAUUUAGGGAAAAACGAGAUAUUGCAACCUUUCUGCAGCCAUUCACAGAGGACACCAGAAACGAUAGAAACCUUUUCAAACAAAGUGUCUUUCUUAAACGAUUAGGAAGGAUGCCCAACUGUGACAGUCAUGAUUGUGAAAAAACGGAUGAAGCACCAGUACGCGUGGAACAGACUUAGGAGACUUCUAUAUUCCACUCGUCUGUCGUACAAAGAGUACCAUUAAUUACUGUUCGACUCAUUAAUCAAUCUACAUAAAUCAAUCGUAUAAAAUUCAAACAGAAUCCUGAGAGGUUUGUGCUACAUUAUGUUUAUGAUGUUAUACUAAGUAUGUAUAUAUACCACAAUCAACACCGAAGACCACCACGAAUCGUGAUGAAGUUGAAAGACAGAUAUACACAUCGUUGGGUCAUUAUAUCUUAUUUAACUAGUCCCAUCUACAUCCAUUUACACAGAUGAUGCUACAAUAACUGCUUGAUUUAGAAUAAUGAAUACAAUCAUGUCUGUCUUUACUGCUACCUCAUUUAAUAUUGUUAAUGUUAUUUGUUAUUAAUGUGUAUUUUAUUGUAUAUAUGCAUUUUUUUUUUAUUUAUUGAAUUUUUCGAAAGCUAUUGUAACUUGUAUUUUUGUAACAGAUAAUGCAUUGUUUGUAAGAAAUCAUAAAUAGCCGUGCCUCGUUUUCUUUUUCUAUGUUAAACAUCCCUACUAUCUGUUCCUCUAACCAUGAAAAGUCUUGUAUUGUAAACAAUAUUGACUAAAACUUGCCAGAGUAAACAUUAAUUUUCAAACUAUUUAUCCACUUUGAUUACAUACAAAUGCCUGCAAUAAAUAUCAAACGAUUUUUCAAACUUCUAAAGGCAAAUUUUUAUAUUUAUCUGCACAAACCAUAUAUUCUAAUGCACCACAUCACGAAACGCCGCUGUUGUUUGAAUGAAAUCUAUCAUCAGUUCAAUGGUUGACGGUCGGGGUCAUUGCCUCAUCACAGUCGAAUUUCCCCGAGGUAUUUGAUAAUGAUGAAUGGUUUAUUUUGAACAUUAAAUACAUAUUGAAUUUCAAUACGAAUAAAAGCCCUGUAUGAAGAGUUGCCUCCCUUCUUUAAAGAUCAUUUCUUAUGCCUAUACCACAUCUUUCAUUUUUCAACUACAAACACGCGUUGCAUGAUGUCAACAUUGAUGACUCUUGUUUGCACCUCUGCAAGUUGCCCAUUCACAUAUAACCCGGCUGGUCACGUUAUAACUGGUGACCUUAACAUUAUCAACAUGUGGAGAAAAGUCAUAUAUUGACUUACAUCUAGGAUUUGACAAUGAAGGGUCGGUUGUGAACUUCUAUCACCUUCAUAUGGAGUACAUAUAUAUAUAUCAGUUGGUAAAAUAUACCAGUGCUUACGUUUCCUAUCAUAAUGUCCUUGAUAGAGGGUUGCUGCUUAUAAUGAAGCUAUAGAACCAAGGGUUCCUAAUGGUAAAAUGAAGUCAUACCUUUAAACGUUUUACGGACGCCAUCCUGAUUUGGUUGGCCGUAAUUGAGUCUUUGUCUAACUUAUUGAUUUAUUACUUGCCAUUAACAACACGACGUGUGCCGGAGAUGGAACUUUAUACCCUUAAAAAACUGUGUUUCCCCAAUAUUUGUUAGGGGUCACGUGUUGCUGAAGACUUCCGUGUAAUAUUUUGUUGGCUGUUGUUUGUCUGUUCGUCGUGUUUCCUGUCGUCAAAGGGUUCUCACUUUUUCUUCGACUUCCUUUUUUUCUCAUAUGGUUUUUUUCAUACGUCAAUUAGGAAUUUGACGGAGGCAACUCUCCAAAUGCAGCACUGUGAUUGCUUUACAAGAAAGUGUAAGCUUUUUUUUUCAAAUUUUGUUGUAUUUAUGUUUAGUUAGGUUUUAUAUACGAUGUAAAUACUUUAAUACAGCCAAACAGUAAAUGUUAAUUUUCAUUAAAUAUCAUUUGUUUAAAGUAAGUGGAACACAAAGCAAAAGUAAAACGGUAAUACUUUACACUGCAUAUGAUCUCGAGUUGUAUAAUAAUGAUUUUACUGUAUUAAACUAUACUGUAUUUAACUAUACUGUUUAAUUGAAAAUAGUUUUAUCUAUUUACAAAUAUUCUUUGACAAACGAGUUUUAUGAAUAUUUUGAAUAAGUAAAUAUAUCUACAUUACGGAGUAUAAAGUAAAAAGUGUGAAAAA